CCACGCGCUCCGCUUGGUCCUGGUACCUAAACACAUUGUCUAACGCCGCCUGAUAACGCUCAUCCGUUACUGUAUUACCGGAUGCUGCUGAGGGACGGUGACCGCUGAGCAUCUGCCUUCGUACACGAGCUUUUCUUUAGCUGGAUGAUCUGAACGUUGCGCGCUGUUGCCAUGACAACAGACGAGGCAGAGAGUCACCAGAAGAAGCCAAGGCAGCAGGAGGAAGCCGGCCAGGACGCCCGGCCGCCCUCUCCCGAGGAGGAGCAGCUCCGGCCUCGCAACCGCAACUCUGCUAGCCGCGGCCUCUCCCGCCUCUUCUCCUCCUUCCUGAAGAGGCGCUCACAGUGUGAGAGUGAGGGGGGAGAGAGGGAGGACAAGCAAGAAGAAGAAGAAGAAGCUAAAGCCCCCAUCGCUGACCCUGAACCUGAACUGAGAACAGAAGGAGAGGUCGCCCUGGAUCAGCACUCAGUAAGCAGUGCCGAGGCUCAGACUGUCCAGGUAGAGGAGAAGGAAGCCGAGGAGGAGGAGGAGGAUCAGGAGGAGGAGGGUGGAAAGGACAAAGAAAACGACAAGGAGAAAGGCGAAGAGGCUACCCUGGAUAACGAGGAGGACAAGGAGAAGGAGCAGGAGGAGGAGAAAGAGUGUGCUCCUGAAGGCGGCAGUAAGGUAGAGAAGGAAGAGAAGACAACAGAGGAGGAGGCCAAAGCACCCAGAGCUCCACGCCGAGCCAAGACCAUGGACAUCAAAGUCACCCUGCUGGACGACACUCUGUACGAGUGUGAGCUGGAUAAACAUGCGACAGGCCAGGAGCUGUUCAUGAAGGUGUGUGACCACCUCAACCUGCUGGAGAAAGACUACUAUGGCCUGACCAUCUGGGAGACACUCACCAUGAAGAACUGGAUGGACAUGACUAAGGAGAUCCGCCGGCAGGUACAAGGUUCCAACUACAGUUUCACCUUCAAUGUGAAGUUCUAUCCACCGGACCCGGCCCAGCUGUCUGAAGACAUAACAAGGUACUACCUGAGUCUCCAGCUGCGUAGGGACAUCCUGCAGAGUCGUCUUCCCUGCUCCUUCGUGACCCUGGCCCUGCUCGGCUCCUACGCCCUGCAGUCAGAGCUGGGCGAGUAUGACCCGGAGAUGCACGGCAGUGAAUAUGCUAAGGAUUUGAAAAUGGCCCAGGGUCAGACCAAGGAGCUGGAGGACAAAAUGAUGGAGUUGCAUCAGACAUACAGGUCGAUGAGUCCAGCCCAGGCAGAUCUGAUGUUCCUGGAGAAUGCCAAGAAACUGUCUAUGUACGGAGUGGAUCUCCACCAGGCCAAGGAUCUGGAUGGUGUUGACAUCAUGCUGGGGGUUUGCUCCAGUGGUCUGAUGGUCUACAAAGACAAACUGAGGAUCAAUCGUUUCCCUUGGCCCAAAGUCCUCAAGGUCUCAUACAAACGCAGCAGCUUCUUCAUCAAAAUAAGACCAUCGGAGGUGGAACAGUUUGAGAGUGCAAUUGGCUUCAAACUGCCUAAUUACAAGGCAGCCAAGAAGCUGUGGAAGGUGUGUGUGGAGCAUCACACCUUCUUCAGGCUGACCUCCACUGAGAUGGCCACUACUCCUAGGAAGUUCUUGGCACUGGGCUCCAAGUUUCGCUACAGCGGUCGGACUCAGGCACAGACUAGACAGGCGAGCUCUCUGAUCGACAGACCAGCUCCUCUGUUCCAGCGCUCCUCCAGCAAGAGGAACUCACGCAGCCUGGAUGGAGCCAUGGCAUCCACUCCUGACAACAAAUCCACUCGUCCGGUCAGCGCUCCUGUUAUGUCACUGGUGUCUCCUGGGGAGGCAUCCCCUUCACCACUGCUGGCCGCCCUGACUCGCUCUGACCACCAUGAUGGCUCCACACCUAGAAGUCGCCGCUCUACAGACAGGAAGGCAGAGGUGAAGAAGGAAAGUCAGCCAGCUGAGUAUACCAGGAGCCACAGUCCCAGACCGGAGUCCACUGCAGAGAUCAAGCUUUGUCCGUGCUACCAGACAGUGGCCAGGAGAGAGAGGAGGCACUCCCCCUCUGUGACCACCACCAAUGGGGAAAGAGAAAAAAAGAGCCAGCACUCUCCUCAGGACAGAACAAAGGCGGAGGUGGUGCGAGUGAGGAAGAAAAGAGCAAAGAAACUUGAGGGUGAAACUAUUUAUAUCAGACAUAGCAAUUUAAUGUUGGAGGACGUGGAUAAGACCCAGACUGAGAUCAUGCGUCACCACACUAGCAUCAGUGAGCUGAAAAGGAGUUUCAUGGAGUCUGUGCCAGAUCCUCAGCCCAGUGAGUGGGACAAGCGUCUCUCCACCAACUCACCUUUCCGCACGGCAAGCAUCAAUGGCCAGCUCCAACCAGCGGAGAGGAUGUCCACAGUUGUACCUGCACACAGAGUAGUUGAUGGUGUGUCUGAGGUAAAGGUGCUCUGAUCUUGUGCUCUCUGGUACAACACUGUCCGGCAUUUCCUUCAUGAGCUCUGUAAAGAAUGGCACCUGGAGGCUGUGGCCGUCGCCUCUGUUAACUAGAGGUUUUCCAACUUCAACAGACUGUGCCCAGUUGCAACAUUACGGGUUCAGUAUGCUUCAAACCAACUAGUUUAUAUAAUGCUGCCUGAACAUGCAGCAUUUGUUUAUACUAAAUAGCAACACUUGCACUCUUUUUGGUGAAGAGAGGUUGCCAUCAUAGAAUAAGACAAGAUUUGAUUAAUUGCAGAAAGGGAAACAAGGGUGGACCCUUAAGGACACUCUAUUCUCAAAGAUAUUCAUGGUCCUUUACUUGGCUGUUCAACCGACUGAAGUGUUUAUAUGAAAAAUGGAAAAAUAGAGUAGGACAGGUUUAAAUCUUCCAUAAUCUGUGCAGUCGCUUUGUGAAGCUGGUUUUAGAAAAGUUACAAAAACUGUCAAAACCGCAGCCCCCUUAACUGAAGUCUAAAAGGUGUAGAUGAAAGGAAGAGUUUUUCAGCACUGUUCAAAAACCUGACCCCACUUUGUUUGAAGCAUACUGGCACCUUUGUAGGUGCCUUGUGCUGGACCAUUCCCUAAACCCUAAACUGGUCCCCCUUACCACUGCCUUUGCUCUGUGAAUGGCUACUGCAAGCUUUGUCAUCCUGCUUGAUGUGCCUAUCGAAACGCAUGGCCAGGUCAAUGCUGAUACUGUAUUUGAAUGACUUGUGCCUGAUACAAUCAGAAAAAGGCUGAAGAGCAAGAGAACACAGGAAAAUAAGGUUAAGAACAAUAAUCAGUAGCCAGAGGACUGACACCCCCCUUCCCCUCCCCCAUCUGUCUCACCCUCCAAUUCUCUUCCCUGUAUCAUCCUACUUGGGUGUCUUUGUAUGUUUUCCUGUGUCUCUGUCUUGUAUAUCUGCCACAUCUCUCCUCCUCUCCUUUUCCCCUCACUCUGUAAAGUCUGGGCCCCAGUGAAAACCCCACCAACUCCAUCCUUUCCCCCAAAGCCUCCAGCAUCAUUUCCUGCGCGUUCAGUUAAUGACUCUGAAGGUCAGAGAGGAUCUCAGUCCUCUGACCUCCUCUCCUUUCCCUCUGGCUCUCGGCUCUCCUUUACUAAAACAACUUGAAGACAAAGUUUCUGUCCCAGUUAUUGGGUCCUGCACAAUAAUGAUAUCAUUGCCUUUUUUAUUUUAAACUCAAAAUAAUUCAGCUAUAACAGCACUUUUUCUGCUGAAAGCCUAAAGCACAAUUUUGGUUAUUCCAUAUCAUUGCUGAAUGCUUGGAAAUUUGAUGACACAUAAGAUGAAAAAAAAUAUAAAUAGUCUGCAUUGCACCAACAUACACCACUUGAAGUUCUCAGAUUCUCCCUGAGCUGUGAGACUCUCAUAUAUUGCCUUGUGUGCAGUACUACGUCCCAUCACCCCAGUGACUGCAUUGCAGAACAACCUUAAGCUCACCUUAAGUGUUUCAUGGUGAGCUCUUCCAGAGUUCCUGUCAUUUGAGAUGCCAAAAUAUCUCGCAGACUGUUGGUGCAUUGUAAAGCAAUGCAGAUGACAAAUGUUUUUUAAACUUUUAAACUUUGCACUUCCAACAUGGUUUGCACUAGACAGCAUUGUAGCUGUCAGAGAAUUCCCAUCCAGUCAAGCACAUAUUUAUUAAACCUCAGUCACUCCUCCUCUCCUCCUGUUCCAUUCUGCCACCGUUGCUCUGUCAAAAGUGUAGCCAGAUUCAACCACCUCCCUGUCUUCUUUUUUUUACAGUACAAUUGAUGCAAUCUCAGCUAUACAUUUGAUUUCCUGUCAUUUAGGCCAUGGUUCAAAUAAUAAAUCAGCUGGUUGUCCUUCUCCUUCUUUUGCUAAACUAUUGUUGUUAAAUUACAGUUGAAACAAGCUAUGGUCAUAUUAUUUCAAAUAACAGCAGUCAUUCCCUUUACUAAGCACCACUUCCCUUAUUUACUGUUGCUACGCCAGUCAAAUGUUCCAUUCUAGCACUGUGUUUGAUUUGUUAUAAUCAUUGUGGCAGAUUUGCCACCUUCAGAAUUUGAGGUAAUUCUUAAAAAAAAAGUGGUUCAUUGAUUUCACAUAGAGGUAAAACAGUGUUCAUAUCAUCCAAGCUGAAUAGAUAGCUGUGGCUACUAUAGCUUUAAUCAGCUCCAACUUGCUACCUGAUUAACUGCAUCUGCAGGAAAACUUUAAAUGGGCAUUUGAUGGCUACAUAUACA